AUAUCUCAACGCUCAAGCGGCGACCGGGACUAUCGCGAAAUUGUUACAAGAUGGCUCAAGACACUGAGGAAAUCAUCCUCUUCCACUAUUCAUUAUCGAUAUAUUCGCACAAGGUCUUAUGGUAUGAGGAAUCAGCAUUCGACUUAUCGAGGCGGUGCUAAGACUACCAAGGUNAUCUCAAAUUGGCAGGCAUCAAGUUUUCAGAAUGUANUUCAACCACCAAUCAUGCCACGACCUGAUCUAGCGGCUCUGGGGAUAGCGUAUCGACGCAUCCCAUUGCUUGCUAUCGGUCGUCAUGUUUACUGCGAUUCGAGGUUGAUUCUUCAAGUCUUGCAAGACAAAUAUCCUCUCCAUGGAAUACGAAUGAGCAGUUCGGAUAAGGCAAUUCAAAGACUGCUUCAGGACUGGACAAAUGAUCAAAUCUUCUGGCAUGCAACACGUUGCUUGCCAUUCGAACGUUCUGCAGCAGCUAGUAGUCCAGCAUUCCUGAACGACAGAACCGAAGCACUUGGCAGACCAUUCAGGAUUGAGGACAUGAUAAAAGAAAGACCAGAGUCGUAUGGCUAUAUUCGUGCCAUGUUCCAGACGCUCGAGUCAUUCCUGGAAGAUGGCCGUGACUGGAUUACUGGUAGCGCAAAGCCAUCGCUAGCAGAUAUUGAUGCUGUGUACAUUGCGCAGUGGAUCGUUACGAACCCAUUGAUGGAAGGCGCAACCCCGGAAGGGUUUAUUUCCGAGAAGCUGUUUCCCAAAACAUAUGCUUGGGUUCAUCGCUUCAAGCAGGCGUUGAACGAUGCUGAAUUCGGAGCACCUACGACCACUACUCUCAGUGGCAAGGAGGCUUUCGACACGAUCACCUCUGCACCGGUUACGGCUUUGCAAGGCGACAUCAGCACAACCGACCCGCUCGGUCUGAAGAUCGGCCAAGCAGUUGAUAUAUACCCAACUGACUGGGCAUCAAAGCAUGUUGAUCAUGGUGAACUCGUGAUGUUGGCAGCGGAUCAAGUGUGCAUUCAAAAUGCCCAGGAUGUUCUGGUCCAUUUCCCUCGCUGGAACUUCCGCAUUCAGGCAACCGAUGAGGGCAGAUCUCCCACCAGUGAUCCUGUGGCGGAUGCCCUAUCACUACUAGAUCGUCCUCAUCGCCUAUUCUACCACCCGUUAUCACCAUUUUCGCGCAAAGUGUAUAUGGUUGCACUUGAGUUGGGCACCGCAGAUCGAAUCGAGCUUCAGACUGUGGUCGUUGCUCCAGUCAAGUAUCCUGGAUGGUCUGAUGAUGUCCCCACCGUCGCCGAGUCAAACCCUUUGGCAAAACUACCGACUCUAGUCCUCGGCAACAACGGCGAUGGCGUUUACGACUCGAAAGUGAUCUGCGAUUUUCUAGAAGACGAAGCCCUGACAAACAAGCGGUCUGAUCAUGAACCGCGCAAUUGGCGGUUGAGAACUCUUCACGGUUGCGCGGACGGCAUGAUGGACGCGCAAGUGCUCGUCCUGUACGAGAAGAAGAUCCGUGCUGAAAACAACAUCGCAUACCAAGCCUGGAUCGAUGGUCAAACCGAGAAAAUAAUGCGGGGAUUUGACCAACUCGAGCUCGAAGUUGGUCGUGGCACGCUUCAAACACCAGCUAACGAUACACCAGCAUCAGCGGCUGAAUGUGCGGUGGCUGCUUGUGCAGCCUUUAUGGACAUCGUUGGGGUUCAAUGGCGCGACGAAAGACCGCAGCUAGUAGAAUGGUUCCAUCAAUGGCAANAGAGAGAGUCUUUCAUCAAGACUCGCGCCGACGUGGAUUGGAAAACCGGCGAGGCUACCGAUAUUGGGUUCGGCCGAGAUGUGCUGAAUGGCAAAAAGGGUUGA